AUGGAACUUGACUUCGCCAACAAGCCACUCAUAUCAGAGAACACCUUCCACAUCCUGACCACGAUUGUCGUCCUCACUCUUCCCGUCCUGACGGCUUUCUACGUCUACCAUGACUACAAAGCCUUCCUUUCGCUCGGCCCUGGGGGUACGCCGUCAACACCGGUCGGGUACCUGAAGGUCAAAACGCUUGGUCUGCUUUCUCUGCGGGAUCCUCUGCGGCCCCUACCCAUACCACCGCAUUUCCGUCCACAGAAAGGCUACCUUGACUCGCUCCCGACUCGCUCUGGAACCCGACCACUCGUCCAAGGCAUUGCACCGCAACGUCAGCAGACACAGAGAAGCGACGAGAAGAUGUACAAUCGGCUCGUUGAACGAAUGAGACACUAUGCCCACGAUCCCGCGAACAUGUUGCUGGAGCGCACGAGCUGCUUCGAGAAGAACAGCUCGGGUCUCUUCGCUUCUGUCCCUAUCACACGCACGUGUGGUGGUGAGAUCUGCCACGCGCACCCCUCGGACGGCUCUUUGCAUCUCACACUGCACCCCGCAGACGCAAACACCAUGGUUGAAAACGGCUGGGGAGAGCGACACCCGCUGGCGAGAGGUGGCUGGUUCAGGAGGUUCGUGCCGCGCGAGUUUGUGCUCAUCUACGCACCGAGAACGGAGACGGAGCUGGACGCGGUGAUGCAGAUUGUGGCCGCGAGUAUCUGGUGGGUCAGUGGAGUCGAUGUCAACGCAGACGCCGAUGUACGAGGCAGGCGGAGCAGUGCGGAUGUCGCAGCCAUCCACCAGUCAGUGGAAGAGAAGGGGUGCUGGACCUGCAAGGCUCAUGCGUGUGGUACUGGCGGAGUGGAGAAGAUGACGGGAAACGCGUAG